AAUUUUUUGCACUUUUCUCCGUAGGAUUGGAUUCUCAUCCCCAAGCAAAUCAAAACCCUUGAUUAAUGAAGUCAAAAUCAUCACGACGGCGUUCUGGAGCUGAUGGAUCCAGCUUGAAAUCAACAAGAAAGACGAAAAAGCCCAAAAAUAUGGGUUGGGAGGAACAUCCAGAUUCUGAUGUUGAUUCUAGUCCCCAUAGCUCCAUUUCGGAUGGUUGGUCUCCUGAUUCACCCUGCUAUCCUGAACAAAAGGCAUCUCAAGAGGAUAUCGAGCGCCAAAACACUAAAUCUGCUAUGCAUGCAUUAGCAUACUACAACAAGAAACAUUGCACUAACUACAAGCUUGUAGAGGCUCUGUGGAGCAAUGGCCAUUUGCACAAUGGACUCUGGAUUCAUUGCAGCUUUAAAGCUAAGCCAGAUAUUCAUUCCAAUGGGGAAAGUAAUGUGAAAGUAUCACCCAAGCUCUUCUUUGCUGAACUUUGUCAAUCAGGACCUUGUGUUUGGAAGGCCACUACUUGUCGUGUUUUAGAUGGUGCUAAAACCAAAAGUGGUUGUCUGUUGUGCAAAGAAGGGGAACAUCCCACCCAUGGGUUCAGGAAUGGGCUUCACGAGUAUAAACCACGCCCUCUACGCCCUCGUUCUGGCAAGUACAGGUUUGUGUAGUUGUCCUUUAAAGAUUUAAAAAGCUGUUUUAAUACAUUGUAAAGUUGUUUGAAAGACUACUGUAUUCAAUUCACAUUUAUAUUUAAUAAAUAAAAUUUAUUUCAAUUCCAAAAUACUGAUCAUGAAACAAAAAUAAAUUCUAAAAUGUAAAAUAUAUUGAAUAAUAUCUAAAUACAUUCAAUCAGAGUCUAAAUAACAUCCAAUAAUUUAAUAUUUACAUAAUUAAAAUCACACUCUAGUUAUCCAUUCAGCAUGCCUAAUUUAGUUAUUUGUCCCCUCAAUAACAUUUUUGAAUACAUCCCUUGCUCUAGCAACAUUUUCUUGUAAAGCAUCCACUUUAGUCCUCAAUCUGCAUACCAAUAAAUAAUUAAAAUGAAUGUUUGUUGAUAACAAGAAAGAGUUCAUAACAAAAAUGCUUGAAACUUUUUGGAGUUAUUUGCUAGCUAAAUACCUCCAAAGUAGUUCAUAUGCAUCUAUUUAACAAUUGAAGUUCAUAAUUCAUCUUAAAAAUCAAGCAAAGCUGCAAAUUUUUCUAAAUAAAAAAUAAUUCAGUUUAGAUUUUAUUCACAAUCAACACUUAAAAUUCAAAAAUCAAUAUAUAAACACAAGUGUCAUGCUUCAAUUUGAUGAUGGUUUUCCAAACUAUGCUUAACUAGUAGGUGUUCUUAGUCUCAAGUCUCCUUUGGGGACAUUUUGUAACAUACUAUAUAAUAUGUAGGUAAUACAUAUGUCCAUAACCAUCAACCUUCAAGUUUUCAACUUUUCACUUCUUUUAAUCCAAAAGUCCAGUUAACUUAUAGUAUCUUGAUUUAGAAGCAUAUACUAUUUCCUAAUCAGUCAUAAUUCAGACUUUAGGUUUAACAAAACCUAUUGAUUGGUGAAAAGUGAGCAAUCUCUGUCCAAUUCAGCCUCGGGUUCUGGAAACAUUGAAGAACCCAUCGAUCAAAACCACAUAACAAAAAAAGAGGAAUACCUUCUUUUCUCCAAGGAAGUUUCGGAUUUCAAUUGACUUAAUUGACUUGUUUUCAUUGAUGAUGGAGGCGUUGAUGGAAAAGUGAGCGUAGACGAUGAACAUCUCGUACCGGAAGCCAUUUCAGUUUGAUGUGCAUCUUCUCCAACACAGGAUUUUUUUCUCACAAGCUUGUCAGUAUGCCAUAUUUAACUGCUUGAAUUUUUUCACAAAAAAAAAAGUUAAAACAUGUCACUUUGAAUAAUAGUAUUACUUGAAACUAAAGUUAACCUUAGCCAAACACAGAUUUUACCUCAUGGAAUUAUCAAAUACUGUAAUUCAAACAAUUUGCUCCAGAAUUGUCAUUCCCCAUCACUUUGGGGGUUAUGUCGGAAAAUAUCUAAUGGCUUUGUGCAGCAUUGAUGCGUUUUUGGGAGUAAACUGAAUAUAUGAAAUCUAGCAGGAUAGACUCACAAAUUUUGAUAACAAGUUGAGAUUAAAGUAAUUUGGGUGGAUUUUUUGUUGUUUGAAACAUACCACAAUAUCUUCAUAUUUGUAGAAGAAAUCCAACCAGACGUGCCCAGCCCCACUGUCGUAAAUUGUGGCUGGAGCAGAGAAGAUUCGGGUCGCCGUUGUUUGGGCUUGGGCGAAAUUGACGGUGGAACUCGCCGCUGCCCUGUAAUCCGUCGGGGAGGAGAAUCACUGCGCAUGGUGUCCUCGUCGCUAUUCCCACUGGCCAUCGUCGUCGUCGAUUGCUCCUUGCCGUCUGGAGGCAGCUGCCGAUUGGGGAGAAGGAGGUCGGGGAAGUCUCGCCGGAAGGACCUUCCCUCGUCGGUCUGGUGGUGUCGCUGGCCGGCGCUAUUGUAGGCAUUCUUGCCAUCGUCACCG